AUGCGAAGAGUGCUCACGGACGCGCAGCAACGCUUUGAUGCCGCUGACCUGAACCACCUUCACCACCUGGGCUUCAUAGACGUCACGAAGUAUGGCCGUUUAUCAGCAGUUGAAAUCCAAGAGAUUUGCACGUGGUGCCACCAAUUGCUCAGCCAAAACCCUGAGUUUAGCAUGGUCUUCAUGACCUGUCCAGUGAUCGCCAGCGACUCCGUGUUGAACGGCUUACGGGGCGAGUACAGGCGGAUUGAGGACAAGCUCAACCAGAUGCAAAUGGAGGCAAAGGUCGUGCAGGUCAUGUUUGACACAGGCACUCUCUUCAAGGCCCCGAGAAACUCAGAGCGGAAAGUCACAGAUGACAAUAUCUGGACAAAGUCUGACUAUUGGAACCUGCUUGUAUGUCCACCUUCGGUUCCUUUGCCAGUCAGCGAGUACGUGACGCCGGAAAGUGGCACGUUCUUUACACAUGAACAAGGCCGAUCUCUGACCGACAAGCAGGAAGGAGCUCAGUGGUUUGCAGCUCCAGCAGCAAUUCACAACAUUAUCUCAACCUGCCUUUCUCGCGUCAGCAGUUUGAAAGGGCAGGCUUUGAUCGUUCAGCAUCUCACAACAUACGACGGGGUCAUGGAAAAGGUCCUCCUGGACAUCAUGAAUGAGCUCAGUGGAGAGUGCUAUGUUGCAGGGUUCAGCGAGACACAGAACCCAAACAUAUUUCAAUAUGCAGUGACCGGUGUGAAAGACAAACUCCUAGGGGAGUGGAAGACCAGCAAAGGGCUGAUCGGGCAGAUGGCACCAAAGUUCCAAGAGACUGCUGACCUCUCAGACCAGAUGGCCCCGAGAAUGCCGCAGCUCAAGCUUUGUCGGAUGACAGAGGAGGGGAGCCUGUCGAUACCCAAUGAGGCUCAGGAGUUCAUCAGCAAACCUGCCAACGAGGGCAAAGCGAUCGAAUUCCGGGUUGCAUCUGGUGAGGAUAUGGUAGUGCUUGAGGAGCAAUCCACCCAAGGGCCAGCAGACUCUGCACCCAUGAGUUUUUUUCAGCUGGUGCUUUCCAUGGAGCGGAAGGGAAUCCUCGACUGCAAGCUUACUGGUCACACAGUGGACCGGCCCGCCGCGGUCAAGAGGGGGGAAGAGCGAGAUCGCAUUGAGAUUUCCCAUGAGAGCUACAGCGUCUUCAAGCCCAACAGCGUCAGUGCCAAGCAGGCCAAGGCCACAAACAUAGCAGGAUUGCUGGGCUUCAAGGCCUUGAACACCAGCAAUCAUUUGCAGUUGGUCUGGCGAAGCUUGGAUUGA